GGCCUGCAACGAGCUGACACUUGUCAGCUGGAAAUAAUUUCCAAAACGCGCGCCGGGGGCAUCCAGGCUUCUGUUGUCUUGCUGAACGAGGAGGGUUGUUUGAGGAUCCAGCGGUGUCGUCUUUCAAUGUAUUUGCCCUGAGCCGCCGACACAUCGCCAUAUAACGGUUUCCUUGGCACUCUUAUCUGCCCGAUGAUUCCUGUACGAGGCCAGCCAAUCUCGCCAAAUGUCUAGAUCUUGAUCCAUGUGCGACCAACCUUUCCAGAACUUGCGGCUUUCCUCCUAGCCAUUGAUCUCGACUGUCACUUCGACCCUCGACUGCGCCGACAGUAUUAUAUACGCGAGCCCCUUGACCAGCGAGAGCGCGGCCACGGCUCCCACACCAAGUCCCACGGGCUCAGACUUUUUUUACGUACGUAACAAGCACGCAGCGCAACACAUUCGAAGGGCCUCCCCGAUUUCGCCGUGACACACGUCCUUCCGGCAAGCAAUCUCGACUGGUAUCUUCUGGAAGACUAGGUGGAAUCGAACCUGAGCCUUGGGAAGAUCCAAGCCACCACGAGACAAGAUGCAUUUCGCACUACCCCCUCGAAAGAUGUCGAUUCCUCCGCCGUACAUGCCCCGGUCGAACCGUCUACCCAUGCUACGGAGAAGUCGCUUCAAGCUCAUCGCGAUCACGGGACUGUUCUUCUUGACGGUAAUAUACCUGCUCACCCGCGGCAAUGGGCAUCCAAAGCUUAAGAAGCGCAUGCCUACUGGUAACCCGCCGGUGGUGGUGGUGACGGUGUUCGACGAGGCCAAGUACGGCAAGGGGUACAUCGACACGAUCAAGGAGAACAGGAUAGAAUAUGCCAAGAAGCAUGGAUAUCAAACGUUCUUUGCCAAUGUCGGCGACUAUGAUCUGAAGGGUGCGCCGGGAUCGUGGACCAAAGUGGUGGCCAUGCGCCAUGCUCUCACCGAGUAUCCCGAGGCCUACUUCCUCUGGUAUCUGGACCAGAACGCCUUCGUGAUGAACCCGCAGCUGAAGAUUGAGGACCACAUUAUGAAGACGGCCAAGUUGACGGACCUCAUGAAGAAGGACCAUCCCGUUGUCCCGCCAGACAGCAUCAUCAAGACAUUUUCCCACCUUACCGGGCAGGACGUGGACUUUAUUCUCACGCAGGACAAGGACGGGUUGUCUGUUGGGAGCUUCAUCGUUCGCAACGGAGAAUGGGGCGAGUUCUUCUUGGACACUUGGUUUGAUCCUAUUUACCGGAGCUAUAACUUUCAGAAGGCCGAGACACACGCCUUGGAGCACAUUGUUCAGUGGCAUCCCACCAUUCUCGCCCGUCUCGCCAUCAUCGAUCAGCGUCUCCUGAACUCCUACAGCCAAGGCAACAAGGGGGAUCAGUACAAGGACGGAGACAUCGCCGUCAGGCUCGUCGACUGUGUAUCAGCCGGGGCCAACGCAUGCGAGACCGAGUCUCAAAGAUUUGUCCAGCAAUGGCGAACCUCUUUUGGCAAAUCCUGACGAAGGAACGGGGCACCUGAGGAUUUCGAAAAUUAAAGCAAUAAACAGACUCAAACGAUGACGACGGAUUAGACACGAAUUCCGAACCAGACCCUACUUUUUCGGGCACACAGGUGGAUUGUGCAUUGCGCCAUUAUCAGCAUCACCACUGCGGGCGUUCAAAUCAUUUUUGACUUCAUACCAUGGGACUUGGGUUGAAACAGUCAAUACAGGCGUUAGGAUUUAUUUUUCAUCUUUUGGAGGGGGGUCUUUUGGACGGAAUAGCGAUUGGGUGUGGUUGCACAAAAAAAGCGAGGGGGGAGGCCAGGGGCUUUUUGACUUGCUUUGGUGUGCUGUUUGAAAUUGUAGGCACGCGCAAGACAUGGGUCGAGCGGCGUGGUGGGGGAGGGAAGACAUGAAUGAGGAUGAUGUCGGUAAUAUUGCGGGCAAUGAUGUGAUGUUGCUGGCUGUUUUUAAAAGAAGUCACACUGGGCUGUGCAAUAUGAGAGAGGAAAGGGUCCGCGGAGGG